AUGUCACUUGUGUUAUGGAAUGACCUGCUCUUCCAAGUCCAUUUACUUUUAGUGAGUAAAGAACUGCAAGGUGAAACAGUAGAUUUGAGCACUGCAAUGGACUCGUACAACAACUUGAUGACUUGGCUAAAGAAACUGAGAGUUUAUAGGUUUGUUCAGAUUCUUGUGACAGCAAAGGAAUUGGCUGAAAACAUGGAAGUAGUUGCAAUCUUUCCAGCCAAACGUCAACGGAAAAGGCAGUAUGAUAAACCUGUGGAAAACUUCACACCUGGAAAUGCUGAAGAUGACUACAUGAUAAAUUGCUUCAACAGAAUUGUGGACAUUGCAAUUCAAUCCUUGCAGCCGAGAUUUGAACAGCUGAAAUCAAACCACAAUCUUUUUGGAUUUUUAGUCAGCUUCAAGAGCCUUCAGCUUGAGGACAUUCAACAGACCAGUCAGCAGAUAUAUGUGGGCGAGAAUUAG